AUGAUCAAACAACUUAUUGGUCAACUAUUUUCAUCUCAAUGUCAUUUAACAUCUCUUCGAAUUGAUUUAGGCCAUUAUCUUUUUGAUGUUGAUAUUAAUGAAUGUUUAACAUCAAAUUCUUAUGUCUCAUCGAAUUCUUUUGACUAUCAACGUCAAUCUUUUUGUUUGACUCUUUGUCGUUUAUAUAUUCGAAUUGAAAAUUCAUGGUUUUUUGAAAAUCUUAUUUCACAUAUACCUAAUCUCGAACAAAUGUCAGUACAAUUUCAUACUACAUUAAAAUUCGAUUUAUCAUGGAGAUCAAAUGUUGAAAUAAUGAAACAAUCAAAUGAAAAUUGGUUUAACAAAUUACCAAAGCUAAGAUAUUUUAGUUUAAAAACUUUUAUUUAUGAUGAUUCGGAAUUUAUUUAUUUGAAAUGGCUUCUCAAUAAUUUAAAUUAUGUUGAAAAACUUCAACUUCAUCUUAAAAAUGAUCAACUCGAUGAAAGAAAAUCUCAAGAGAUAUGGAAAUCAUUGAUUGAUGCAAAUUUCAUUCGUCAAAAUUGUUUACCUGAUAGAAUAAAGAAUUUAAGUAAUUUCGAUUUCUAUAUUUGUUCACGACGUCAAUUAUCAUUCAAUGAUAUAGAAAAAAUAACAAAUUCAUUUAAAAAUCAUUCUUUUUUUCUUGAUCAUCAAUGGACAAAUGUUAAUUGUUUUUUUGAUCCAAUAAUGUUAUCUCAACAUAUUUUCUCUUCUUUUACAAAUACAUUUCGAUUUUCUCAUAAUUUUAUUAAAUAUUCAAAUAUUUUCAAUUGGCCACUUAUUGGCGAUAUCUGGUUUAAUUUACAUCCAUCACUUUAUUUAAUUCUUCAAGGAGUUAAUCAAUUAACUCCUAAUCUUUCUUGUAUCAAAGUAUACACAAACCUUCAUGAGAAACCGUUUGAUGUACUUCACUUAUUACAUUAUAAUAGUUUUCAUUUAAGAAGAAAUAUUUUUUUUGAUUUUAUGCAAUCAGCAAGAUCAACACCAGCAAUUGAAAAACCUGAUGGUUUACCCUUAGCUAAUAAUAUACAUUUGACAAUAUCAUUAUAA